UAUAAAGAGAUGUGUAAACACACUAAACAUUUUCAGAUUUUACAAGCUUUCUUCUUAAAUCUCCCAAGGGGACCAGAUAAUCAAUCAAUAUACACAUAAAUUGGUUCCACCACUUUUCUUGAUUUCUCCAUUUGAAUAGAUUCUGUGUUUUUUUUUCCGGUAAACCAACACGAUCAUGAUCAGUUCCCAAGAAGAAUGGAUGCUUACACUUGUAUCGUUGUGAUCCUCUGCAUAGCCUUGUUUGCAAUCAAUCUAAUGUUUUCUUGUUUCACUUGCUUUUCCAUUCUACAUAGCUUCAUGACACAGACAGACCAAGACUUGAGUGAACUCAGAGAGAAUCUUAUUGAACCGGAAGAAGCUGAACCAGAGGAGAACGUAAUAACCAUUGCAGUCUCAAGUAACCAAGGAUUUUCUGACUCCAUCGAUGGUGAUAAUUGUGGCCAAGAUUGCUCGCAUGAUAUCUGUGCUUGUUGAAGAAAAGUUGAUUUAUAUUUACAUUUCACUUCUCUUCAUCUUUUGCAAAUUUUCUUGGGUAUCAAAAUCCAAAAUUUCUUUAUUUUUGUUUCCCUUUGUGUAUCAUGAGAGAUAUAAUAUAGUCUGAAUAUAAUGUAUUUAUACUAUCUAUAUAUACAUUUAGGUCAACAUGUUAUGAUACAUGCUCUGUGCAGCAUAUAUAAACCACUUUUUUCUUGAAGUUAUUUUUUCUGCAGUAUAUACCAUCGAAAGUAAUAUAAAGCUCAACAACGAAGUUGAUAGUUGACAGAGACAUCAAUUACAAAAGAAAAAAUAUUUGGAAACCAGAAACACAGACAACUUAACUGCUUAUAGUGACAGAUUUCUCCUUUUUGUAUUAUUAUAUCGUUCAGUAACUGUAUAAUAAUAAGAAAAAAAAACUGAAGGUGAUAAAUCAUUUUAAAUGAUUGAUUAGAUAGAUGGUAAAGAAAGCGAUGUGAAACUUUAAUGAUUAAAGAGCAAUUAGUUAAUGUCAUAAUCCUUACCACGAACUCGAAGCUUCGAUGGAUGAAUUUAGAGUAUUGAUCAUAACCCACCACAUGUGUACCUUCCAUUAAUAAACAAAUAAAUGUAAUCUAUCGUUUUCCAGAAACAGUUGCAUUGUUGUGCAUCCUCAACAAGUCAUCAGGAGUUGCAAGAAACCAGCCUCCAUCUUUCUGAGCCGACAGCUUCUGGUUCACUGGCUCAAAGUGUUUCUGCUCUUGUGCCUUUGCCCUUGGCUGAGACACUUCAACUCCUUCAACAGCUUCCAUCAACAUAUCUAAACCACAUUUCAACUGAAUCCGGAUCCUCUCGUUUGCUGAAAGCUCCUGCGGGAAUAACCCUUUCCAUCCAUAAUACCAUUCGUGGAUCUCUUCGAACCUCGGUUUAGAAAGUAACCAAUGGUACAACACAUCCAGCCAUUUGGGGAAGAAGAACCUCUCCAUCAAAUCAGCCAUCAGGUGUAUCGGCACUGCAGAUGCCCACUUCAUAACCCAAUUGAACCGGUCUAAAUCCUGGUUUGCCGGGUUUAUCUGAAACUCUUGCAUGGCCAGAUGAAGUUUGGGACCUAUGUAACGUCGCAUAAGUUGUUCCCAGCUUGUAGCAUCAAAAACCGUCUUCCAUGGAGAAAGAAUAGUGUAGGCGGAAGGAUCACUAGGAUGCCAAGCAUCAAGAACGCUACUCAAUUUCAUCUGAAUGAUCUGAUACAGAAACUCCAACUUCUGACCAAGUAUUGGCAACCAAGGAUGCACCCAAAAAUGGAUGGCGACAAGUUACCUUCGAGGAUCCCAAUAUUCAACAGCAGUUGACAGUUUUGGCAGCACUACUGUGUCCAAAAUCGUAUGCAAGACAGAUGAAGGCAGCAAAUUGUCCCAUGUCUCUAAAAAUCUAAGCAUCGGUUCAGGGUCACUUGGUUCCCAGGUAUUGAUGCCUGCUAUACGCACAGGAGGUAACACUACCUCCGAGACUAGUUGGCUAUAAGGCGUUGAUAAUACCCAUAUACUUUGAUUAUCCUCGACUUCCAAAAGCUUUCUCCAAGAGGAUAUAGCCCUCAGACCAUGCACUGCAUCUCUUAGAGGGUCCCAGCCCUGAAACAUUCUGAUAAAGAGAGGCAAGGCCAGUGAGCAAGCAAUGGUUGACAAGUUACAAAGGUUAUAUUCAUCAGGAUAGCUUGUUUGCAGAUUCUCGACACGACUAGCAAGUGAAUCAAGUGUCAAACUCCCAGGCGUAUUCUCCAGCUCGAUCCGACUUAUUUCAUCUGAGAUAUAUUCCAUGUUGUCUAAAUGCGUUUUUUUGUCUCUCUUCCUCCUUUAUAAGCAUCUCUUUCUCCUGCUGCUGAUUCCCUCUCGUUCCUCAAGUCUCUAUCAAUCUUCUGAAUUUCAUGUUCGAUUA